CGAAAACUAGUCGAUCUACUCAUACACAGUUUUAUCACGUAAAAACGAACUUUGAGUGAAAAAGCGAAUGUGAAAUAUUGAAAAUCUGGGUACAGCAGCCAAUUUUGGUGUGCAGUUUUCCAGUAUUGUGCUAAGCAAAGCAAUAGUUGUGUGCUGGUUUCUGUGUUAUUUGUAUUUUGAGAGAAAGGAAAGAAGAGCGGAUAUCAGUAGCAGUGGCAGCAAUCGGUGACAGCGCAGCCAAAGCAAUAUUUAUAUUAAUUUUGCACGAGUGUAUCAACGACGGCGACGACAACGACGACGACUGCUGCUACAUCAGAGAUUUGAACGUACACAAAUAAGAUUAUUAGCGCAACGACGUUUAUUUAGUGAAGUGGUUGUGAAAAGCAGAAGAAGCGGCAGAAGUAGCAACAAGAGCAUACAAAAUAAAGAAAAAACGGUAAAAAGAAGAAGCAAGCAAGGCAAACAUGAACUAAAUUUUGCACAAGACGAGAAACGAACAUUUUGAUUGCAAAAAGUUCACAUUGGCACAUGUUUGGUGUUUUGGCGAGUGUUAUUAAGAUCCAAAAAAUAAAUAAAUGUGAAAUUUGGAAUAUAGUUUAGGAGUGAAGCACAUAAAGAAGACAAAAAGAAAUCCAAAUUAUACCAGUAAUAGUAACAGCAGCAACAGUAUUGAAUUUACUGGCGAGGUAUUGUGGAAGAAGAAGCAACAGUGACUAAAGAAAAGAAAAACACGAAUACAGGAGUACGAGCAAAACGCACAAAUUACCCACGAAAGCAACUGAUAUAACAGAAAGUACAUAAAAUAUGUUAAAAGUCAAAAAAGAAAAGAGAAUGACUGCGUGAGCUUCGCAGUGGCGGCGAGCGCCAAUUAAAUUUUGUGUGGUGGCCUCAAAACUUAAAGAACUACAAAAAAGUAAAUGGAAAACCGAUUACGAACACUAUGUGCGAUUAAUAUAAAAGUGAAUAAUAACAUAUAGUUGAAUACAUUUAGAUAUACAUUAUUCCGACAAUUAAAGGGAGUAAUACCGGUCAGAAGUGUUAUAAACUUAUAAACAACACGAACAAGCCGCAACAAACGACUCUGGUAAAUUUUCCGACUAUAUCUACAAUAAUAAUUAAAGUGUCUAACUAAACCAAAUACAGCAAAAAAUAGUUGAAAGUAAAAAACUGUAACACAUCACAACAGAGAAUGUAUGGAAAAGCUAAGACAUCGUCAGUGCCCUCAGAUGCACAGGCACGUGAAAAAUUGGCAUUAUAUGUUUAUGAAUACCUGUUACACGUUGGCGCCCAGAAAGCAGCCCAAACAUUUUUAUCAGAAAUUCGAUGGGAGAAGAACAUUACGUUAGGUGAGCCACCCGGGUUCCUGCACACUUGGUGGUGUGUGUUUUGGGAUCUCUAUUGCGCUGCACCAGAACGCCGUGAUCAAUGUGACCACUCAUCAGAGGCAAAGGCCUUUCAUGACUAUGGUUUUGUUAGUUCCGGAUACGGAGUAAAUGGGAUUGGACCCGGAGGUCCGCAUAGUGCUGGAGGUCCAGCUCCUAGUCCACUGGGUCAAAUGCCACCAGGUGGGGAUGGUCCAAUGGGGCCGGGUGGGCCAAUGGGUCCUAAUUUCUUUCCAAAUUCCACAAUGCGACCGUCACCACCGACUCAUGCGUCGAGUCCACAGCCACCACCAUCACAAAUGAUGCCUGGACAACCGCCAUUUAUGGGCGGACCUCGAUAUCCUGGAGGUCCCCGUCCUGGUGUGCGCAUGCAGGGCAUGGGUAAUGAAUUUAACGGCCCUCCUGGUCAACCAAUGAUGCCGAAUAGUAUGGAUCCAACGAGACCUGGAGGAAUGGGACCAAUGAAUCCACGAAUGAAUCCUCCUCGUGGGCCAGGCGGAAUGGGUCCUAUGGGGUACGGCGGUCCUGGAGGUAUGCGAGGACCAGCACCAGGACCAGGUGGAAUGCCACCUGGUAUGGGUAUGGGAGCGGGUGGUCGACCGCCACAGUGGCAACCAAACGCAACAGCACCAAUGAACGCUUAUUCAUCAUCUUCGCCUGGGAACUAUGGCCCUGGUCCCGGAUCGAAUGGGCCACCUGGUCCCGGAACACCGAUAAUGCCAUCGCCUCAGGAUAAUACACAAACUGGGCCAGGUGGUCCAGGAGAUAAUAUGUAUUCGAUAAUGAAACCUGAAUUCCCAAUGGGAGGAGGACCAGAUGGCGGUGGAGGGGGUCCAGGAGGAAUGGGUCCUAUGGGUGGGGGUCCUAAUUCGAUGGGUCCUGUACUUAAUGGAGGCGGCGGUGAUGGUACCGGAUUAGAUGGUAUGAAAAAUUCACCAGCAAAUGGUGGUCCGGGUACGCCUCGUGAAGAUUCUGGAAGUGGAAUGGGAGAUUACAAUCUGGGCGGUUUUGGAGGUCCGGGGGAAAAUGAUCAAAACGAAUCAGCAGCUAUACUUAAAAUAAAAGAAAGUAUGCAUGAAGAGGCCAAAAGGUUUGAAAAAGACUCUGAACACCCGGAUUAUUUUAUGCAAUAACAACAUAGUAGCAACAACCCGGCCACGACGCACACGACAACGGCUGCAGUAGCAGCAGCAGCGGCGGUAGCUGCAGCGGCGGCGGCUUUAGGAGCUAAUAUGUUGAGCGGUCAAUCUGCUGCCGUUGCUCACAAUCUUAGCACCAAUAAUACUAGCAACUCCAAUGGCAACAAUAAUCUCAUCAACAAUGCCAACAGCCCCCCUGCAUUAACGCCGCACUACCAUAAGGAACUUAAUUUUUAAAGAAAUAAUUCUUGAUUACCAUUAAUUUCAUACAGUGUCAGAUGAUACAAAAAAGUACACACUUUUUUAAUUAGCAAUUACAGUAAGAAAAAAAUCCUAAAUUCGGAUUACAUGUAUUGUAAAAUUAUUAGGUUGGAAAUGAGGCCAACUUUCCAAAACAGUAACAGAAAAUGUCCAAAAAAUGUAAUAUUUAUUUCAGCUGACAACGCGCGAAUAACGCCGAUAAAUCUCAAAUGAGGGCAGCUACCCAAAAUUAUCUUCGAGUAACUUUUACCUUUAAAAAUUUGCAGAAAGUAUUAAGAUUGUACAAAAGAAAAGCGCAAUUAAAUAAAUCAAUAGAUACCAUGCACAGUCGAUUUUACAAAUGCAAAUAAUUAAUUUCGAAAGUGGAAUUAAGAAUGGUUAAGAUAUCAAAAUUUUACAGUUGUGAAGCACGAAUUAUACAUUCAGUCUUUAAUCAUUGCUAAACAUGAAACAAAUAUUAAACAGCAUGAUUAACAAAAGAUCUGUAAAGACAUUUUUUUUGUAAAAAAGUAUACAUAUACCAAUAAUUGUUAAUCACAAAAAAAAAAUUUAAAAUAAUAUGGUACUUAUUGAAGCAAACUUAAACUGUAUAUUAUAAAAAUUAAACGACUACAUAUUACUAAAUGCUAGCUGCAGAUAUACAUAUGUUAUUAUCUUAAAACUUAUACCAAUUAAGAAAAACGAUAGCACCUAUGAGGAAAUACUUUAAUGCAACAAUCGUGCAUAUUUAAGAGUAUUUAAAUGCGGUAAAUGGAGCACUAUACUGUGGAUGCUGCAAUAACUGCACAAACAUAAAUAUAAAUGUAUAAUAUACUAAAAUAUGGAAUAUGUAAAAUUAAAUAUAAAUAAAAGGGUAUAUGAAAAUUAUUUAUCAAAAGUA